UUGGGCCGGACUUGGGGAGGGCUGGCGUGACGUCAGCUCGGUGAGUGUUCGUCAGUGAAAAUGGCCGAUGAGAAGCGAACCGACGAGAAGCUGUUGGAUGACGGAGGACCAGAAGAGAAGGGAGGCAAAGGUGUGAAAACUAAGACUGUCUCUUCCAGCAAUGGAGGAGGAAGCAACACUCGAAGCGCUGACAAGCGUUCGGCCGAAGAGGCUGCCGGAGACUCAAUGGUGCAGCCAGCACCACCUAAAGUUUCCAAAAUCGGAUUAAGCAGCCAGGCCCUUAAGAAGCCAGCCCCGAUCUCCAUCAAGCUUGGUGCUAGUAAACCUAAAGAGAGCGCACCAGUUCUCCCUGCAAAGAAACCUGCGCUGGCGGCUGUGUUUAACGAGGAUGAAGAUAGUGAACCUGAAGAAAUGCCACCAGAAGCUAAAAUGAGAAUGAAAAACAUUGGGAGAGACACGCCUACAUCUGCCGGACCCAAUUCAUUCAACAAAGGAAAGCAUGGCUUCUCUGAUCACCAGAAACUGUGGGAAAGGAAGCUCAAAACUCACACGGAUAAAUAAUGUGAAGGUGUAUUUGGGGUUUGGGAUUAUUUUUUAGGUUAUUUUAAGUGUAGCACAAUUUGUUUUAUUUAUACAUUAAAACGCUAAGGGGGCUUUCAUAAAAUAUUUAACAACACAGUGGAACAUGGUUAUCGUGUUGGGGUAUCUCUUUUGGACAUUGUUUGUCACUGUGCAGUUUUUUUAAUCACUUAUGUGAAGAAGAAAAGACAUUCCCUCAAUCGAGAAGAGAAACUGCACUCUUCUUUAAUAGUACAGCAUGCUUAGCCAGGCUAUUAAUCUUUAGUUUUAUCAUUCAUAUUGUUGCACAAGAGCCAAAUCCAGUGCUUAUAAAAGUAUUUAAAGUUUAAACACUUAUUAGAAGCAUACUUCGCAUAUAUGUGAGGAAAGGAUAACAGGCUGGUAAAUUUUAUUGCUCUCCAAUAAAAUCCCACCCAUAAUUUGACCAGCCCUUCAUUUAGCUGCCCAGUCUUGGCAAUGAAAGUUCAGUGCUUACCAAAACAGAUGGAAGCUGCUAUUAAAAAUAUUAAUUUCAGCUCUUAGCAAUGACAUAAUAGUGAAAGUUUUUCCUGUGAAAAAUACUGCAUAGUAUAUAGCUAUUAGCCAUUUGUUGGUAAUUUAGUGCUCAAACUAUAUUUUAGUACUAUUCCAUCUUAUGUAUAGUUUUUAAAUAAAUGGUUGAUGCUACUGUAUUUUUGAAGCCUUCCUUUUUCUUUCAUCUGAGAAGAAAUAGUGUUUAAUCUCAUGUCCAUGGAUAAGUGACAUUUGCUGUUCUGCAUCUGCUGUUAUGUAAUUAUUCAACCGUCAUGAAUUGUCUACAUCAGCUCUCGUUUUGCAUUCUGUGUGCUUCACUAUUAAAGUAGGCAAUUGUUUCUGCUUAAGCUUUGCUUGGAAUUACUUUUGGACUAGACUCUCAAUCCAGCAAAUUCAUUAGAUCUUUUGACCUAAUAUUUCAUGAGUACAGUAUAUUGUUUAAUAUUUUUGCAUUUGUAAAUAUCUGCUUCACUAUAAGACUGUGACAUUUGUAUGCAUUUCGGUAAUAUUUAGAUACUAGCUACACAGUGUAUUAGGACCCAAGAUUAUAGUUAAUAGGAAAUCCCUUGUUUUGUAAUAAAGCUUUUGCUGCCUGAGAGUGUGUAAGUAUAUGGCAAUAUCCUGCCCAUAAUCCUAUGUUUAAAAUGGUUUUGUACUUUUAAUAUUUGGUUUCAUUUUAAACUUUUGUUUGAAAAAUAAUGGCUUCAUGUGAUGGGUGGGAAUUGAUAGUAAAAUUACCAUUACAGGGGAAAAAUUGUAUUUAAAAGCAAAACUUGCUGAAUAUGCAAUUCUGUAUUUACAAAUGCAUGAGUGAUGUAAAUAAAACUGAAAUGUGUGCUCCACCAGUUUUGUUAUUCAUACAGCUGGCAUCUUAAGUGUUGAUCAAAUAAACUUUUGGAUAAAGACUCAAGGGUAGUGGGUUGCCUCUACAUUUUCUAAAGUGGAAGGGUUUCACAAGUUUUUAAAUUGUUUAAUUUGCUCCACUGUUUUGUAAUCAAAUUACAAUGUUUACAAUUUUUUUCAAGUUCUUUCAUACUGGAUAUUAAGCAAAGGUGAAUAAAUUAUAAGAGCUAAAAAUAUUGACCUGCUAAGGUCACAUUAAAUAGGUGUAUUUAGACUAUUGUAUACAUAAUAUGGAAAAAAUAACUUCCAUAUGUGGUACAGAGAAUGUGAAUUCAAAAUUGUUCUUCCAUGUGUGGAAGAUAUCACUUUUUUCUAAUGCAAAUUUUAAAGGUUUUUGAGAACAUCUGUAACCAUUGAUCCGAUUCACUAUUCAGAGGGUGUACUGAUGAAAUUGUGUGCAUAUAAAAUGUAGUGGAAAACUA